AUGGCAGUAAUUCCUGGCGGUCUGACUCCGUAUCUUCAAGCUGACGACGUGGGGAUCUUCACGUCCUUUAAGGACAAGGUGUCAGUGCUCAUCGACGAAUGGAAGCGGUCGGACCAAGUCACCUACACUCGUGGCGGCAACCUCCGCCCUCCUACCAUCGCGACGGUGGCGUCAUGGGUGGCAAGUGCUUGGCGUCAAGUCCCAGACGACGUCGUGAAGAAGAGCGUCUGGAAGUGUGGGUUCUUGGAUGACCCAAGCGACUGGCACAUCAGCAAGCAUGAUGUGUACGGUACCAAGUUCCGCACGGCCUGGGAGCUUGACGGGACUGUGAACAGCGAUCUCGACGAAGGCACCUGCGACGAGCUGCUGGACGCGUUCGACGAGGUCUGGAUCGAAGAGUAG